AUGGUGAUGUACGAGGUACUUGGCUGGAGAGCCGGUACCCCGGUUGUGCCUGUGAUGUCCCUAGUCACAUCUACCAAUUCAGCUUCUGUCCCAAUCCAUACUAGUCAAAAUUGGGACCAGUCUGACCAUGAGCUUCACCGUUAUGCCGCUUCCAGCGAGAUACAGUCUUACCUAAAAGCUGUCGCUUUGCAUUACCGACUUGACCGGUUCAUCACAUUCCAUAACCGGGUUGUAAAUGCCAGGUGGAACGGAGAUUGCUUUCGAUGGACCGUGACGAUUGAAGGAGGACUGGAACAUGAGAGCGAGAUUCUGGUCAAUGCAAGCGGAAUACUCAACAAUCCAAAACUCCCAGAUUUGAAUGGUCUCGACGGUUUUGAGGGCGACCUAGCUCACACUGCUGCCUGGGAUUCUCGAAUCGAUGUCACGGGAAAACGAGUUGCAAUAGUCGGUGCGGGCGCAAGUGCUAUCCAAGUUCUGCCAGCAUUGCAACCACAAGCCUCCCACAUCGAUAUCUACAUUCGCACGCCCUCUUGGAUUACGCCCCCAGCCGGUGCGAGCUUCAACAACGAGCACAAUCAUACCUAUACCGAAGAGGAAAAAGCGAAAUUCGCCGACGAUGCGGACUAUUCACUCAGCACACGAAAAGAGAUGGAAGCAUCAUUUAAUGCGAUGCACGGAGCAUUUGUGAAAAAUAGUGAGAAGCAGCGAGAGAUGCGAUCCCGGAUGGAAAGUCGCAUGAAACAGCUCAUUCACAGCGAAGAAUUACAAACUAAGCUAAUCCCGUCAUUUGAAGCCGGUUGUCGACGACUCAAUCCUGGGGAGAAGUACCUAGAGGCUCUGCAGCAGAACAAUGUUGAUCCUAUCUUUGAAGCCAUCCAGACGGUCACAUCGAACGGUAUUCGAGAUAUUUCCGGGAAUUUCAGGCCCGUGGACACCAUUAUCGCAGCUACGGGCUUCGACACAUCAUUUCGACCUCGUUUUCCUAUUAUCGGAACUGACGGGAACGAUCUUCGAGACCUUUGGAAAGAUGAGCCGGCUUCGUAUUGCGGUCUUGCGGUGUCCGGCUUUCCGAACUAUCUCAUCUUCCUCGGACCUAAUACACCUAUUGCUAACGGAAGCCUAAUGGGCGCCUUGGAAGGCACAGCCGACUUCUUCGUCCGACUGAUUCAAAAAAUGUCAGUUCAGCAAGCAUUAUCAUUUAAUGUCCGACAAGCUGUACAAGACGACUUCAAUCAUCACGCACAGAGGGUGAUGCAGAAUCUAGUCUGGACCGGAAGCUGUCGAUCCUGGUUUAAAAACAGCCGUGGUAGAGUCACUGCCGUAUGGCCCGGGAGUGGGUUGCACUAUCGCGAAUUUCUGCAGUCGGAUCGCUGGGAGGAUUGGGAAUGGAGGUACGACACCAACCGUUUCGCUUAUUGGAACCUCGGAUACUCUCGUAUCGAAACAGAGAUGGACCCAGAUCUGAGCUAUUAUAUCAGACAACAUCCUAACCUGCCUCUAGAAGCACUCCUGCGUGUUCAUAACGAACAAGAUUCGAGAUCUGUGGAACGAGCGGAUUCGCAUACUCAUGGACCUAGCAAGGUGGACAUUGAAUCUGGAAGAUCUUGUAACAUGGAGGAUGGGGAAGGAGACUGUCGAUCUGAUGAAAGCGCUUCCUCCGGUUAUUUCGAUGGAUCGCAGUCUGAGGCGAGCGAUGUGAAGGCAUCUCAAUUAGAUCUUCUUAUCUGGGGCUACCGUGUUUAG